CCUUCUCUUUGUAUUCGUAUUUCCGUUCAGUCGUGUGCAAAAACAGUCCAAAGCAGGGUUGGCAACAGCUGAUUCGAAAGGCAGAGACGUAGUCGAAGGAAGCCUCAAUAUGUCAAAAUCUAAACUUCUUACUUUACGAAUUCAGUCUCCGGAAGGAACAAAGAGAAUUGAUGUUCAUCCAACAGAUUCAAUUUUAGAACUGUUUGAAAAGGUCCAUGAGGCAUUUGGUCUUACUGGUUAUGGAUUUGCUUUAUAUCGUAAACGUGGAUGCAAAGAUGAACUCAUCUCAUCCCGCAUUAAGACUGUACGCAGUUAUGGGCUUUCCCAUGGGGACAUGCUAUAUCUGGCACCAUUAAAUGGAGCUAUGUUAUGGUCUCAAGAUCCUAGUCCUAGACCUAGUACUAGCAGUGGAGUAUCUCAUUCAAACAACACCGCAUCUGGAGAACCUGUUGAUAGUACAGAAUUAGCAUUGGUUCAGACCCAGUCAGGUCUGCGGCAGUCAUUUACCCUUCAAGAGGAUGAAGUGGAUCUUCAGCUGUGGAAAUUGGAUGGGAAAGUGCAGCGCAAACGAGAUGAAAAGCUGUGUCGCCAUGGAUCAAAUGGCUGCUGUGUCCAUUGCUCACCAUUGGAGCCAUUUGAUGAAACUUACCUGAAGGAACAAAAUAUCAAACAUUUGUCUUUUCACUCCUAUCUCAGGAAGCUUACUGCUGGAGUUGAUAGGGGCAAGUUUGUUUCGUUAGAAGACAUCAGCUGUCGUAUCAAGACCGGUUGUAAGGACCACCCUCCAUGGCCCAAAGGAAUUUGUUCAAAAUGUCAGCCAAAUGCUAUAACACUCAAUCGUCAGGUUUAUCGUCAUGUGGACAAUGUGAUGUUUGAGAAUGCGCACCUAGUGGAACGGUUUCUUAACUAUUGGCGCAGUACUGGGCACCAGCGCAUUGGGUUCCUGUAUGGCAGAUAUGAGAUCCAUGCAGAUGUGCCUCUUGGAAUCAGAGCCACGGUGGCUGCCAUCUAUGAACCGCCUCAAGAAAGUACAAGAGAUUCCAUCGUUCUUCUGCCCGAUGAGAAGGAGCUUGUGGUGCAGGAAAUGGCUCAACAACUGGGUCUGCACCAAGUGGGUUGGAUCUUCACAGACCUUGUAGCUGAUGAUAUUAAGAAGGGAACUGUGAAGCAUGUCCGAAACAUUGAGAGUCACUUCUUGUCUGCAGAAGAAUGCAUCAUGGCAGGUCACUUUCAAAACAAGCAACCUAACCCAUGCCGUUUCUCGCCUGUUGGAUAUUUUGGCUCCAAAUUCGUCACUGUUUGUGUGACAGGUGAUGCCACUAAUCAAGUUCAUAUGGAAGGGUAUGGUGUGUCAAACCAAUGCAUGGCUCUUGUUCGGGAUAACUGUCUCGUUCCAACGAAAGAUGCUCCAGAACUGGGCUACGUUAAGGAAUCUACUGACAAGCAGUUUGUACCAGAUGUCUACUACAAGGAAAAAGAUGGCUAUGGUAAUGAAGUCCCCAGGUUAGCCAGGCCUCUACCUGUUGAGUAUUUGCUUGUUGAUAUUCCAGUCUCUACGCCUCUCAACCCACUGUUCACGUUUUGUGCAGACGCUAAUGUGAGACCAUUCCCAGUAGAGAACAGGAUGGUUGAUGGCCAUAUUCAGGAUUUCAGUGCUUUAAGUUCAUAUAUGCAGCAGUUCACCCCUGACUGUUUUCUGAAGGCUGUGUCUGAUUUUCACUUUCUUCUCUAUAUCUCAUCAAUGGAUAUGUUGCCCAUGAAGGAUUAUAUGGGCCCCGUUUUGGAAGCUGUUAGAACUCGAAACUCAGAGCAAGCACGGGAUUGGUCCCGUUCGGAACAUUGGGCCACAGUUGAGCAGCUGAUUUCAGCAAGUUUAUCAUCUCCACCACAGUCACGCCCACACAGUGUGGCAUUUGCUGGAAUGGGUGCGGUAGGUGGUGGGGUGGAACUUGGAACAGACAGCAGUGAAAAUGGGCUGGUCAGAGGAAAUGACCAAGUCACAAGCCAGGCAGGCCCUGGCCCACUCUGGACCUGCCCACACUGCACAUACCUUAAUUCGCCUGAACUUGUCAGCUGUGAGAUGUGUAGCCUUCCAAGAUAGACUUUGUCAUCUGUAAGUCUCACUGACAGGGAAAUUUGGGUAAAAUAUUGUAUUCAGUUGUGUGUAUUCACUCUUGUCCUAAUUAUUUUAUUAUAAUAAAAGUUGCAGAAUACUCAUAUUUUAUUUUCAGACAUUCUAAUGAACAUCUGCAGAAUUAUGUAGCACUGCAGUUACAUUUCAAAAAUAAUCACAAGAAAGAUCAUUCAGGUCAGAAAACCGAGAUACAAAAUUUAAUUGAGUGUUUGGUACACAUGAGUGAAUGCAGUAUGUCUUUGGUUAGCACAGUUAUUGAUCUCUAUGCAAUUUACUAGGCUUAAAAUGUAGUGUAUUAACACAAAACCAUUUUGAGUCCAGGUGAGUUGAUUUAUGGAUAUUCAUUUGAGAUAUUUUAUUCUCAUGAAAUGCUUUUAUACAUAAAUCAAGGAUGUACUACACCGGAUGUCCCUUGGCUUUUUUUUCUAAUUGAAGGGGUCCGCGUUAUUCAUGUGUUGGAAAAUAGGAAAGCUGAUGACUGUAACGUUGUCAAAAACAAUACACACACACACACACACACACACAUUAUAUGAAGACAGAAGAAGGAACAGUACAAAUAUCCCCUUCCACCCCCAUAAUGUUUUGUUGAUAUUUAUAUCGCUUCUAACUACCAUAUAUUGACCACUUCACUCCCCAUGCAUAUGGGUAAGUGAAGGAGAGUAAUAAUGUGCUUACGCUGUUUAACAUACGUCCUGUAAUAUCACAACAGUCUUGUAUACAACAUUAAAUACUGUACUACAAAUUACUGCAGAUGAUAUUGUAAUAAGUAAAAGAACUGCCUCGUUUUAGAUCUGGCACGAUUAUGAAUGUUGAUUAGUCAUAAAUAUUCCUUGACUGCAUGAAACUUUUUUUCUUUCAGUUUUCCCUAUUUAUGUACCAGAACACUGCAAAAUGAUCAAUAUUCCUUUGUUGGAUUCAUGAACAUCCUGUGACAAGAAAUUGUUAAGCAAGAUUUCUUGUUCAAUAAGUGAUUCUACUGUUUGGUGUUUUACCAUUUUUAAGUGUUAUGUAUGGGAGUUAUUUACAUAGUGAGGUCAUCACGAAUUAUUGUUUUCAGUUACAUACCACAGACAUUGCUCAGAAUGGUGCAUUUUAUUAAUAUAUAAUUAAUUUUAAAUGCACAGGUUGAAAUUAUGUUUUUGCUGUGUACUUAAAAUAUAAAUGUUUUGAGCUUUA